AAAAAACGCGACGGCAGAAAUACCUCCGAGUGGCGAACCGCGACCCAAGAUCGAGAUUAAUCACCGACGUGCGGCCACCGAGACCGACGAGUCGGCUGCUUCGCCAGCAAAUCGGCCGCACGCCGCCUUUCGCACGUUUUUGUUCUAUCUGAUUUCCACUCACUCCUGGGGGUGAGCCGCGUUUUUGCCACCGCGCCACCCUUCACCGCCGGAUCUUGUUUCGCCGAGUUUCAUCAUGUCCACCACGACAGACUCGAUUCGCUCGCUGCCAAGGGAAAAGUGGUUCCACGGAAAGAUUUCUCGUGAACAGACAGAGGAGUUGCUAACGCCUCGGGAGGACGGUCUCUUCCUAGUGCGAGAGUCAACAAACUAUCCUGGCGACUACACCCUUUGCAUCUGCUUUCAGGGCAAAGUUGAGCACUACAGGAUAAAACACAAAGACAAGAAGCUAACCAUCGACGACGAAGAGAUCUUUGAUAGCCUUGGACAGCUAGUAAAGCACUACGAACAAGACGCAGAUGGACUUUGCACUCGGCUGAUAAAAAGUCGAUCCUUCUUCAGCGCCGAUGAUAAAAAUGAAAACGAUCUGCCUGAGUCGGUGUACAACUUUGAACGGUGGAAUGGAGUGCAUUUUUACUGCUGACUGCAAAUUUGAUUUUUUCGAAUCCACUGCAGCGUGUAAAUGGCAGUGAUGCGACCGAAAAUGUGCUUACUCAUUCAAUCAGGGGGCUGCCUUGCCGAUUAGAAUUAAUGCUCUUUUAUUUCCUUUGUUUCGCUCUGGCUUGAUUCAGAUUAAUGACACGAAAAACUCAGCCCAGCAUAAUAAUGACUCAAUUCAGCCGCCGCCGUCAACGAAAUUAUGCACAAUAGCGUUUUACGACAACAAUGGACGACAAUGUGUUUAUGCAUUCGGUUAUGCAUUCCCCCUGCCUGGCUGGUCUAAUUCCAUUACAGUUCUGCUCCCUUGGGCAUUCUACUCCGUUCCGCUUUGUAUCAGGGAGGCAAAGGAGCAGACCCAAACUCCUUGCUGGCCUCCUUCUUUCUUUGUCUACGCGACGACAUGCAUAACACGAUAACCACAUUAAACAAUAAAAUCUGUCUGCUUUUUCCGCUCGCUCGUGUCACACAACAGAUUUGGACACUUUUUGUCGAAGCAGAGGGGGACGACGACUGGUGCCUUUUGAAUUUCUGAUGAAACGACGCGGCGCUAUUGUCGGCACUCAGUCAUGCUUGAAAUUUGAAAUCCUAGCGAGAGAGACCGUCUAGCCCGAACAUUUUACGCUUAUUCCUUCAUAAAUAUGUUCUACCUCAGGUUUUUUCCUGCAUAAUCAAAUGGAUAAACAGUUGAGAAACAUAUCCUAUUUUACGCAUUAAGUUUGUGAAAUAAAAGUUAAGGUGCUAUUCUAUUUAUUUAGCCUAUUGAGAUGUAACAGAAUUUAAUGUACCACACACUGCGAACUUUCAGAAUGAAGACAAUGCAAUAAACUGCGAAUGGUAG